GGGGAUUUCCAUGUUUAGACCUGGCCGGCUCUUCAUACAUAAACACUGCUGACUGGUCACAGCCAGUCAGAGUCCCACUAUCUACAGGCUCUGUCCUAUUCAGUCAUGGAGAGGAAUACGUGCUCAGCUCAGACUUCUGUACAGGUGGCUCAAAAAAUGUAAGUAUCAUCUGUUCUCACUUUAAGUAUGCCAGAUCUAGAACAGUACACUGACAUGAUUAUUACUUGUUGAAAGGUGCACCUCUCAACCUGUAACCUGGCUGCCCACUGACUUGUCAGUGAGACUCACCUGUUGCUCAUAGCGAGUCACAAAGUCAAUGAGUGGAAGCUUUGUACCUGUUGCAUUCAACAAUUUUUUUAUAAGGAAUUUUUUAGAGGAACAGGUCUUAAUCAGAGGAUAUUAACCCUGUGUGUGGUUGUUAGCUAGCCUGGUGCCAGUCUCUUUAGCUAACAUUCCACUCCUUGCCACUUCUUGUCAUUGACAAAGAGACCGGCCUUUCUGCCAUCUUCAAAAAUGAACAUUCUAUCAUUAAUGAGCUUGAGGAGAACAGAGGAGCUGAUCCUGAUUCGAUAACCCUCACAGCUAUCCUCCAAUCACAAGGAUUAUCCAAAUAUUAUACAAUGGGUGGGUCUUAUCCUGAAUGCUGAUUGGUUAAAACCGCAUUCCAGCCAGUGUCUAUUCCACAAGUUACCACAGGCUAAAUCUAUGACGUUAAAAUACGUAUUUACUCUGUUCCAUCUGACUGUGCGAUCCACUGUCUCAUCAGCCCAGCCAAGCAAUUUAUCAACUUGAUGUCCACUAUAAAAAGCAUCUAGACAUUAUCUCACAUUUCUUUUAGACUAACAUUUAGUUUUCAACAGCAGAGAUUUGUAUAAACCUUGCUGUCUGUCUCUCCGACAUUUGCAACAUUUUUUCAAUAUUCAAAUUCCAUCUCCAGCUGUCCCAUAGUAAUGAACGUGUAGGGGUCGGGAAUUGGGACAAGACAGACAGACAGGCAGGCAGGCAGCGUUUCUCAGCCAGUCAAAAUCAUGAAUCAGCUGGCAUAAUUUUUAUGGAUAUAUACAAAGAAAUGUCAAUUGAAAAAAGGUCAAAUUAAAUAAAGUGCAGCUAGUUUGCCAUCUUUCCAGCUUCAGUUUGAAGUGAUUGUGUUAGCUGUGUUGUUGGCAAGCUCCUCUGAACAACAGUGUCCUGAUGAGUGAGCACAUUUUCUAUGCCAUUGUUAUGGAUGUAUCCAAAUAAAUGUCUCUAGAAAACAGCUUAAACAAAUGCAAAUUUAGCUACUAUUCUGUUAUUCUGGCUGCACUUUUUGAAGUGACUGUAAGUUAGCCGUAGUUGGCUAGCUAGCAAGCAAGGGAUAAGAACGUUGCCAGCCAGUAUGGCAAUGGAACAUUUAGAACAAACGACUGGGUCGUGUCCAUAGAUACAGAACAAAAAGACUGAACGACUGGGUUGCGUCUCUAGCAACCGAACAGAUAGAACGAACGACCAGCCAGCUUGGGUAGCAACCCUAGAUUUAUGUCGGGACUAUAUCUUGUGGAAGGCUGAAAUAGUAUGAAUAAAUUCAUCAACAUAACGUUUCCACUCCUUGCCUCUCCAUGUCAUUGCCAAAAAGACUGGCCUUUAGGCAAUGUCAAUAUUCAAAAUGCAGCUGGAUUUAUGGCGGAGUUGGUCAUUGGUUGUUGGAAAUAACAUUAUUUUUCCAUAAAAAUAGAAUUAGAAUUAAAACAAAGUCAAAAACAAACAUUUAGCUGUUAACUAGGCAAGUUCUUGAAUUUUUAGGCUUAAAAUCAAACAAAACAGGUUUUGUGGUUGGAAUUGAAAAUUGUCAAUCAUUAUUUGAAUAUUUUAGUAACCAGUUGUAUAAAAGUGAUAAUGCCCUCAAAACCCGUAUUUGGAGGAUAAAUUGGCACGGUUUGCCGGCCUGAGACGAAAAAUACCCGUGCCAAUAUAUCCUCCAAACACCUGCUUCUCGGCCAUUAUCAUUUAAUUGGAACUGGAUCACAUUUAUUCCUCCACAGAACACGUUUGUAUCUGGUUGCUAAGCAACCGUUUUUUGUUAGUCCAGACAAUACCAGUCUGUCAAAAGUUGCUAGCUCAAACUAAAUACAUACUUUAAUUCCAACCAAAAAACCUGUUUGGUUUGAUUUUAAGCCUCAAAAUACAAGAACUUGCCUAGUAAACAGCUAAAUGUUUAUUUUUGACUUUGUUAUAAUUCUAAUUCUAUUUUUAUGGAAAAAUAAUGUUAUUUCCAACAACCAAUGACCAACUCCGCCAUAAAUCCAGCUGCAUUUUGAACGUUGACAUUGCCAGUCUUUUUGGCAAUUACAUGGAGAGGCAAGGAGUGGAAUGUUAGCUAAAAAGUCUGGUACCCAUACUAGUUGUUGGCCUCGGUAAAGGGAAACCAAUUUAUAGCUUGACCCUAACCUUUUUUUCCAUGGCCAAAGAGGCAGGGUCUCCAUGUAUAGCUUGUCUGGCACACAAUGAGAAUGUGUGCAUUAUUUUAGUGCCUGCGGAGGUGAAUGACAGUUUAGAGUUUCACACUGGGCCAAUAUCCACGCUCUAAACUGGAGCCACAACAUUCUGAGAGACUUUCCUGGAGAGGAUAUUUGACAGUAAAUACAUGAUUCAGAAAAGGAGCAAUAAUGGACAGAUCUACACAAGACAAUAUUUAUAGUACACUAACCUGAUACAGCAUAUCCUAUUGAAUUUGACCGUAGGAUAUUUUAUAGGGUCACAGUGAAGUACAUGUAGUCCAUUUGGCUGUAGACUAUAGUGGCAUGUCUGUUACAUGUAUGAGACCCAUUCUGAGUCCUGCUGGCUGGGUAUCCAUGUGAACAGCCAGGGAAAUGUCUAAAAGUAGUCUCUCCCUGUCUGCUCCCAGCAACCCGACACUGACUUAGACACAGAGGGGUCACAUCUCUGCCCUGUGUGGGAUCAGAUAUGCUGACAGUGUGUACAGUAUGUUUACAGUAUUUCUCUGUGUGUAAGUGUAUUGGCAUGUGUGUGUGUUUUUUGCAGCUGUAAACCUGGGACCUCCAAUGGACUUGAUAAGCUGAGUCGUUUGGAACAGCUGGGGCCAGAGGAGUCACUGGACAGAGAGGACCCCCGAGAAUACUGCCAUGGUUUGAUAUGGGUCUACUCACUCUGUCUUUCUCCUUACAUGUCUUGCUGUCCUAUAAACUCCCUUCCAGCAUACACAUAGUCUGUUUCAAUACAGUAAAUACAGUAGUUGCUGGUGUAAUUACUAUUUUCUAUCAUCCUGUGUGUUUCAAUAGGGGGGUACCACCCUGUUCACAUUGGAGACACCUUCAACAGGAGAUACCAGGUUCUGUCUAAGUUGGGCUGGGGUUACUUCUCCACUGUAUGGCUCUGCUUGGACCUCAGGUUCAUUCACUAUGUUGCUGUGUGAGCAUUUACUCAAAUAUCUUCUUCUUGGCAUGUAGGAAAAGCUCCAGUGUGAGUAAAAGAGUUUCUGUAUGUGCAGGUUGGGCAGGCGAGUGGCCGUGAAGGUUUUGAAGAGUGGAGAAGGAUUCACACAGGCUGGGCAAGAUGAAUUGACUCUGCUACGCUGUGUGAGUCUCCCUUCUUGUCUCUCUUCUCUCUCUCUCUCUCUCUCUCUCUCUCUCUCUCUCUCUCUCUCUCUCUCUCUCUCUCUCUCUCUCUCUCUCUCUCUCUCUCUCUCUCUCUCUCUCUCUCUCUCUCUCUCUCUCUCUCUCUCUCUCUCUCUCUCUCUCUCUCUCUCUCUCUCUCUCCUCUCUCUCUCUCUCUCUCUCUCUCUCUCUCUCUGAUUUCUCACCUUAGUUUAUUUACUGCUUCCUCUAUCACUUUCUCAUCCUCACCCCCUAACACCUCUCUAAGGGUAAUAGGGCAUACAUGAAUAACUAAUUUUACUCUAAGUCCACAUGUUAUUUAUGUCACUGCCACUUGUUCACAUCCACCCCAUGAUUUCAUGGUUCAUUAUUUUUCUCUCUUGUCUCAUACAGACCCAUCUCUCUCUAUUUAAACAAGUACUCGACCAGUAGAGUCCGGACCCUGACUCUGACCUCUCUCACCCUCCUCUGCCCCUCUCCCCCUCAGGCCAGUGGUCCCACUGCUCGACACCUCCAAAGUCGGAGGAUAGUCCAACUGCUGGAUGAUUUCAAGAUAGCUGGGGUCAAUGGGGUCCGUAUCCUUCCUCAGACUGUAUAGCCAUGACACACACACAAACCUGCAGCAAAAUAUGACACCAUAGGGAGUGUGUUUGGUUCCUUGACCUCCUGUGUGUAGACGUAUGCCUAGUGCUGGAGCUGCUGGGACCAGACCUUCGCUGUUGGCAGAUCUGUUUUGGAAAUCCAGGGCUAUCGCUGUCUUGGGUCAAACAGGUCAUUGCUCAGGUAAAAGAGUGACAGAGUUCAUAGUAUGAGAUGAGUAGAAACAGCUGGGCUGUCAUUAUCGAAAUCACUACACUAAUGGAUGCAUCUUUAGUUUGAUGCAGGAGUUGUUUGGAGUUCACAGUGAUCACUCUUUCCCUGUAGGUUCUUCAGGCGUUGGACUACCUGCACACUCAAUGUAAAAUCAUCCACACAGACAUCAAGCCUGAGAAUAUACUGCUAUGUUUGGAGGAGCAGAACCCAAAACAGACAGCAGGGGGCAGUGUCUGUCCAUACCUUCGGAAAGAUUCCAAGUCAAGGCGCACAGCAGGUAGUGUUCACUGUUCAGCUACUGAUGUUAUAGAACUCUGGAAGGUCAUAUGACUGAGCGGACCAGAUGAUGAAUCGGUUUACUGCACAUGACACUUUACUCAAGGCUAGUAUUCGGUCUCUAUGUCACCUUCAGAUUUAGAUGUACUGUGUAUUCUACUGUAUGCCACUUCAGGUUGUCUGUGUCCAGUAUGUUGUUGAAGUGUUUCAAUCAGAUCAUAACCCUGUAUGUUGUUUAUCUCUUACUGUCUAUUCAGAGAAGGACCUGGUGACUCCCAUCAGUCUGAAGGAGAUCACAGUAAAGAUUGCUGACCUGGGAAGCUCCUGUUGGGUGGUGGGUAUUGAUCAGUCAGUCAGCAAUAGUGGAGGUGCAUAAAAAUGGCUGCCCCCAUGCACUUACUACAAAUGCCUUGUUUACUAAUUUCGUGUUGUACAUUGCUCUAUGUUACACUUUUUUUUGUAUAGUCAUUAGCACAGUAAACAUGAUCCUAAUUUUAGCUCCAAGAAGCAGCCAAUUUCAAAAACCUCAAAAGUAGAUUGUGCUGAUUUAGUGGUGCAUGGAACCAUGUUGCACGCCAUAGUUUCAAAACUCAGUGGAGAGUGCUAAAACAUUGACGUCAUAUCUGAAUUCCGACAUCUAUAUGAACCGUUGCCAUAAUUGAAGCUCCAUUCAUACUCAGUAGUUGGUUACAAAAUAAGAGGAACUAAUGUGGGAUACUGCCCUGUGGUCCGGACCGUAUUUCACACUGUGCCUUUGCUCUGUGUGACAUUCCAGUACAAACAUUUCUGUGAGGAGAUCCAGACCCGUCAGUACCGCUCACUGGAGGUUCUAUUGGGCUCUGACUACGGCCCACCAGCAGACAUCUGGAGUGUAGCCUGCAUGGUAAGACAGACAACCACCAUACAACCACCAUACAAGCAACACAUCAGCAACAACACUUCUGUUUACAGCUUCACUGAAGUAAAACCAUGUUAUCUCCUGUCUCCUCUGAUUCACUUGCAUCACUUAACUCUUGUGCUGUUUAGUUACCCUUCCAGUCCACCAGCACUUUUUACAUCAAGACAAAUUCACCCACUCCUCUAGCACUAAGCUUUGUAGAUAGAUGCCACUCUAGAAUAGUUCCAGGCAAUUCAAUUGUUCUUCUUUUUAUUCUAGGCUUUCGAGUUGGUCACUGGGGAUUCAUUAUUUGAGCCCAUAGCUGGGAAGACAUUUUCUUUAGAGGAAGGUAGGUCGAUAUUAGGCGUGACAAAUAUUGACAUAGGAUUCAGUGGAGAUAACAUUGUGUCCACUUUGUGACUUUUGCAUAAUUGUUUAUCCAGUGGGGUUUUGGUUCUGUUCCCUCCAGACCACAUUGCUCACAUAAUAGAGCUCCUUGGCAAAGUCCCAGCAGCAGUAGCCUUGUCUGGCAAAUAUUCCAUGGAGUACUUCAAUCGCAGAGGUGAGUGAAGGAUUUGCUUUGAAAAUCGUCAAUAGUUCCAACGUAGAGAAAGGACUCUGAUGUAAAUGUUGCAGAUGCUCAUUUUGACAAAUCAUACCGUACUUCUUUAGUGAAGACAAACAUACAAAGACUACAAUUUAUUUCCAAGUCACAAAGCUCUCUUGUAUUUACCUCCUCUGUCUUACCUGUCUCUAUCAUGUAUUCUCCCAGGGGACAUGCGUCGUAUCGGUGUGCUGCGGCCCUGGGGUCUAUAUGAGGUGUUGGUGGAGAAAUACCACUUCAUGCUGAAGGAGGCCUCUCUGUUCUCUGACUUCAUGUUGCACAUGUUGGACUUCCAGCCAGAGAGGAGGGCCAGUGCUGCCCAAUGUCUCCUGCACCCAUGGCUUAGCUCCUGAACCCUGGCCCUGGAGACUUGAUAGCCCCGCUCAUGGGGACCCCUGGAGCCAACUUGAUACCAAGUUAGUAGAUAAAUGUGUUAUAUAAAUGUGUUAUGCAGAGACAAACACAGUGGUGCUGAGUCACUAAGACUACGGGAAGGAUAUACAGUAUACAUUUUUGACAAUUUGCUCGAGGCCAAUGUCUGUGAAAUGUACUAUUUUAUGUUCAUUUAUUAAGUAAGACUAGAUUUGUCUCUUCUGAUAAAUGUAUGGGGCAUUUGAUUAUCUGUAAAGUGUAAUGAAUGUAUGAAGUAUAAACUUAUAUAAGUGUGGUAUGAUUUACUGAAAUAUAGAGCUUGUGACUAGACUUUCCACAGCUGUGCUGCACACAGUGCACUGCGCCAAUGAUGCUACUGUAUAUUUGCAGUUCUUUUUUACAGCAUGCAAUAAAUCAC